CAUUCCCAUUGAUUGAUUUUCAUAAAUAUGUUCCUUUGUGUUUUACUCUCUAACAAUAACCUUACUUAGCGAUGAAUGGAUAUUGACAGCGGAUAAUCAUCGAGUAAAUUAAAAUAUGAAAUUACGUGUAGGCGUUACUACUCUGUAGUACUUUUUUCCUGGUACCUAUUUCAGUAUUGAAAAUGGUUGAAAAUAUGUUCCUAUUUUCGUUACUAACCGGUGUUUUUCCCUAUACCUUUUCUUCUCGUGAUAAAAUAAUAAUCGUGAAAUUUUCAAAAUUAGGUUUAAUUACGAAUCUCUGUUGUUGCGCGUUUUUAACGUACGAAAUAUUAAUAUUAGGUGUAUUGACCGUGGAAGCCAUACAACACCAGUCACCCUCGGCAGAUUUGAAAUUCGCCAUUAAAAUAGCGAAUACUGUAUUUCUACUGGUAAUUUUAAUUCGUCGAUUAAUCAGCUCGAAAGAAGAAGCUGAUAUGUGGAGUAAACUAUUGAAAAAAUCUCAACAAAUGGAUCAACAAUGGCGAAAACAGUAUCAAAAUGAUGGAAUAAUAUUCACGACAGAAUUAUUAGAAAUAAUCGCCGAGUAUGGAAUAUUUUGUUACGUACAAUUCCGCCAAAAUAAUACAUUCUACUCGUACGAUCUAACAUUAUUGAUACGUUUGGGUUUUGAAAUCCUUGUGCUGACGAUGUUAACAACCGAGCAAAGAUUGCACGUUCAUUUGAAUAAUUGCUUAAGAUGCGAUACGAUGAAGAAUUCGUUGAACGUACAUAAUUUUAGGAUACGAUUAGAUGGUUUACAUGAGUUGAGAAUGCUUAUAAAUAAGUGUUACAGUUUAGAUUUACUCUUGUAUUUCGUUAGCGUUCAAUUACUCAUGCUACUGGAGUGUUUUGAUUGGAUUAAAAUGUUCUCGAAUAGCGAAGCGCUCAAGAUAGCCGUAAUGGUAUUGGGAAUGCUGAGAAUAAUGAGAUUAUUCUGUAUUAUGACGUACAUUAUAAGCAGAUGGUGCUCCAUCGGUGAAGAGAGUAACAAGACAUUAGAGUAUUUAUUCGAGUAUGAUGCAGAUAAAUUUUCAUGCCACACGAAUUAUCAGUUGGAGUUACUAUUGGACGAUAUUCAAACUCGAAAUAAAUUAUUUUCCGCUCACAAACUUUACGACAUAAAUAUGCCUUUGCUGUAUAAUAUUUGCGGUACCGUAUUCGCUUAUUUAAUAUUGAUAAUGACCUCAUCAUCAGUUCAGUCAUAACGGCCGAACUUAUUCGUUGAAAAAAGUCGCCCAGGAAGAUGAAAAUCACGACGAUGAAGAUGAAACAAAGUGGCAAGAAAACCCUUACAAUGUCUUAUUCAAUGGAUACUUUACGAGGAAAAUAUUCUAUUCAAAGCUGGCAGAAUGUUUUUAAGAAGUUGUAAAACACGAACGACAUUUUAAUAACUUGGUCACGCUACGAUAAUCUUGUGUAAAUGGUAUCUCUUUUUAUAACGUUAGGUACGUGCGGCGAUUGUAUAAAUUUAUCUAUCGAUUUGUUUUUCAUUAUGUACCAAGAUUGAUCGUUAUGGGCGAGUUUGAAAUAUUACCUUUAUUAAAAUUUUACAUCGAG